CCAUCGCUAAAUAAAGAAGCUAUUGUAGGUAAGUUAGGUAGGUGGACUGGUCUGCCUAUAAAACCACCCUUAAAGUAGGUACAUUUUAGGUAGCUCUCUGGAAGCAUGGACCCUGGACAGCUGGUUAGGCUGCAUUUGUUUGGCAGUGUCUAAAAUGCGCUGCGCCUGCCAACAACAGGACCUGGAAUUCAAGCUCAGACAGUCGACAAAUGACCACAACAGGAGAAACAGAGCCCCGGCCACGAUCUAGCUCGCUGCUGCAGCUGAACGAUGAUGUGCUGGCCCUGAUAGUGGCUCAGCUGAGCGUGUAUCAGCAGUUCGAGCUAAGCCAGCUGCACAGUCGCCUGCGGAGCAUUGUCCAGGCGCUGUGGCGCACGCGCGUGCGCAACGUGGCGCUGCAGGACGAACUGCUGAGCCGUGCAUCUUCGCGACAGUUCCAGGCCUUUAUGCUGGCCCUGGCACCGCAUCUGGAGCGGCUCAGCUGCCACCAGCUGGAUGUGCGCCGGCUGCGUUUGCUGAGUGACCACUGUCUGCCCCAUGUGAUUAGUCUCGAGUGGCUGGGCGUUGAUCAGCAGCCGCGACGUGGACGCGUCCGCUUCGUGGACGAGGAUGUGCGGCUGCUGAAGCGCGUGUUUCCAUCGCUGCGCAAGCUGAAGCUGCGCGGCUGCCAGGUGACGGGCAAGUAUCUGCACGAGCUGGAGCUGCUGACCGAACUGUGCCUGGACGAUUGCCAGUAUCUGGAGUCGCAGUACUUUCGCGAUAUCUUUCGGCUGCUGAAGCUGCGCAAGUUCGACAUCAUGGAGGACUGCGACGAGGUCAACUGCUGUGAUUUAGUGGACGUGCAGCUCUGUCCCACUCUCGAGCACAUCAAGAUCGCCGACUACCAUCUGUGCAUGGAGUCGGACAUCACGCAGCAGCUGCUGCGCCUGCCGCACCUAAGCAAGCUGUCCAUCUACUCCAAGAACUUUGUCUUCGAUGUGCUGGAGCGCAUAGCGCGACCCAGCAAUACCGCAGCUGCUGGCAUCAAGCAGAUCGAAGGCUUCCGCUUCAGUGGACUCCUGCACGACUACGGACGACUCUUUCGCGAGCUGAGCCAUCUGCGCCACCUGCGCCGACUGGAGGUGCACGGCCAGUCGGAGGAGGGGCAGCUGCAGUGCCUCAGCGACCAGGCGCUGUGCCAACUGGCGGCCCAGCUGUCCGAGCUCAGCGAGCUGCAUCUCUGCGGCUACCAGCUGGAGAGUCCAGCCGGUAUUUUGCAAUUUGUGAUCAACUGUCGCCAGCUGCGCAUCUUGGACAUGACGAGAUCGCGCUGCAUUGGUAACGCCUUCGUCGGACGCUGCCAGGCGGUGCUGGCCAAGCAAAGCUGGCGCACUCAGCCACUGGAAUUGUGGAUCAGACAGAGCGACAUUGUGCUCAACCUGCUGCAGAACUUCCGCUAUUUGAGAAUCGAUACCAAACGAAUGACACCCAACAUGGAUUAUAUGUCAAGUGUGCUUAAGUUUAGCUUUGUAAGAUAGUGAUUGAUUACCUGUUCCAACUGUGCCUGAGUGUACGGAAAUACACGUACACGCAUGUCUUUCCGUGUAUAAUCUAUAAUACGAAAAUUGAAUUUAAGACUGAAA